AUGACUUCAAAUAAUGAUAUAUUGGCAUUACAAACUGAAAAAAGGGGCAGUUUAUCUAUUGCAACUAGAUGGAAUCAAGUAAUCAAUAGAAAUCAACAAUUUCCACUUCAAAAUCAAUCACAAUCACAAUCACAAAUAACUCCUCUACCAAUUGUUCUCUUAAAUCGUGAUGUUAGUGAAAGACCUCUUAGAUCAUCUCUACCAAAUGAACAGGAAGAUGAAGAAUCUGAGCAUGAAGAGAUUCGUAUGAAAAUACCUGAUGACAUUCCAGAACAAAGUAAGGAUCUACCUGAUUUUAAUAAUAUGAACUUAUUCUGGUAUUGUUUAAGCUUAUCGGUAACCUCUUUCCCUCUUGGUUGGGAUGUUGGAACUAUUACAAACUUAAUUAAUCAUCUGAGUUUCACAUUUCAAUAUCUAUCAGGUUUUAGACUUGGAAUUGUUGUAUCCAGCUUUAUAUUAGGAAGUUUGAUUGGGUGUUUCAUAUUACCUCCUCUUAAUAAUAAAUUCACUCUAAAAUUCUUAAUUCAAAUUUCAUCCAUUAUUUAUUUAUCAGGAACUUUAAUUGAAUGGUUCUUUUUACAAUUGAUUACCAAUUUUUGGGGUUAUAUUAUUGGAAGAUUGAUUUGUGGAAUUAGUUGUGGUUCUUUAGGUGUUUUAGGACCAUUGUAUAUGAAUGAAAUCUUGAUUGUUGGAUUUAAAAUGAGGGGCUUUUAUUUAAGCUUAUGGCAAACAUUUGUUUGUUUAAUCAUCUUGUUGGGAAAUAUUCUUAAUUAUUAUCUAAACUCUUAUUCAUUGAAUUUAAUUUUUAUUCAUCAAAUAAUUAAAAUGAUAUUUUUCUUAACUCUUAAUGGAUUAAUGUUUUUAAUACCCCAUUCUCCAAAUUUAUUUCAAAUAAAAGGUAACAUGAAUAGUUUAAAAUUAAUUUAUUAUAAAAUCUUUAAAGUUAAACAUCCAAAGCAAAUUAAUACCAUUACUCUUUAUCAUAAUAAUCAACUUUUUAAUGAAAAUGAUAUGAGUAAUAAACCAAAUAUAGGAUAUGGUGAAUUAUUUAAGAAUUAUCCUUAUAAAGUCUUAAAAUGUUGUUUGAUCAUGGCAUUUCAACAAUUAACAGGUAUAAAUUAUUAUUUUUAUUAUGGACCAGUAAUCUUUAAAAACAUUAAAAUUGCAUUUAUUUUAAUGAGUUUAGCAAAUCUUGUUGGAUCAUUAUUAAGUGGACCAAUUAUUCAAAUGUGGAAUAUAAAAUCAAAUUUAAUUCUAAAUUCAGUUUUGAUGAUUAUAAUUAUGAUUUGUUAUAGUUUAAUUGGUCAGUUUACUUCUGAAAUCUUGCCUCUUAUAAUUUUAAGUAUUUUAUUCAUUUUUUGUUUUGCUAUUAGUUGGGGUCCAAGUACUGGUAUAUUAGUUAAUAUCAUUGCCAAUAAUAAUUCAAAGAUACUUUCUUUAAGUAUUGGUAUGAAUUGGUUAAUCAAUUGGAUUAUAACCAUGGUUACACCAUCAAUGAUUCAACUCAUUCAAUUCAAUUAUGGUUGGGUUUUUGUAGUUGGUUUAAUAACAAUGACAGUAUUCAUUAUCAUAUUUAUACCCAGAAAUAUCUUACUUAAGUAA